CGUAAGCUUCGGGUACAGAAUACCUUAAAGAAGGUAAGCAGACUUGGUACCGGGAAUUAGUUUUCUGUGAGAGAGUCAAAGCCACUAGCCAUCACGUUAAACUGCUUAGAAACGAACCAGCAACAAUGAAGGCAAUCGUUCUGUUACAAUUAUGCCUAACCUUCCUUCUGCUCAUGAAUGUUGCCUAUGGUGGGCCGUUCGGUGCUUUGAUGAAUUACUUCGGUGAAUCUCAGCAAGAAGGCGACACUGAUGAUGGACCUAUCAGCAGGCUCAUCAAACGUGGUCCGACCGGUGUUGGGCCAAGUUCUGGUCCUUCAGGUGGGCCAUUCGUCAGUGCCUUUCUGAGACGACUCAGUGAAUCUCAGCCAGGAGAAGGCGCUGGUCGUGAACUUUUGAACAAGCUAGUGGGACGUGGUGCGAACGGGAAUAGGCCCAAUUCUGAUCUUUCAGGUGAGCCAUUCAUCAAUGCUUUGGUGAGUCGCCUCGGUGAAUCGAAGCAAGGAGGAGGUGCUGACAAUGGACUCAUCAGCAGGCUCUUCCAACGUGGUGCGACCGGCGUUGGGCCAGAUUCUGCUGUUUCAGACGAACAAGAAGAAGAGUAGAAGAAGAAGGAGUAGAAGAAGAAAAAAAAG